AUGGUGUUGAAGAAAAAUCUUCUCUGCUGGCUGCUGCUGUCAGCCAUAUUGGUUAAAACGGCCUAUUGCAUUCCGACUUCGGUGGCAACCGAAACGGAGGAUGAAAACGAUUCUGAAUGGGACGAAGAUGAGGAAUCAUCCGAAGCGGAUGACGACGGGCGAGUCUACAAGAAUCCGCGGAAUUCGCCCUCGACCGAAUGUCCCCGAGACGAGGAGCAGGCGACAUUGUUGGGACAAAAAUGCUUACGAAAAUGUUCGUCGGAUGAAGACUGCAAGAGCAAGAAGAAAAAAUGUCUGUGCGAUGGUGCUUGUGGAAUGUCAUGUAUCAAACCGGAUCGGGAGUGUCCUCUGCUAGAACAGCCACCGACCGGUGCGGUCACGGUAUCUGGCAAUCAUUUUGGAUCGCGAGCCGUCUAUACUUGCCCACACGGAUAUCACGUGGUUGGGUUGCAAAGUCGGCUAUGCCAGGCGGAUGGAACUUGGGCUGGAAGUGAACCGAUUUGCAAACAGAAUAUCUACUGUCUACAGCCACCGGUAAUCGAACAUGCUCGACAUUCGGCACUACCGGAACAAGCAACGUUUGACUUGGAUUCAACCGUGCAGUACCACUGUCACAAUGGUUACGCAACGGCCGGAUUUCCGAGAGCUAAAUGUCUUGCGGUCGACGGUCAAGCCAGCUGGUAUGGGCCUGAUAUUUCCUGUGAACCUCGAUCCUGUGGACAACCGACGGACCCGGCACACGGAUGGCACUCUGGGGAGAGUUACACGUUCGGCGGAAAGGUCAACUACCACUGCGGCGAAGGGUACGAGCUGGUCGGUAAAGCUGAACGAUACUGCCAGGCAGACGGUUCGUGGACACCGAAGGAACUUCCAACCUGUGUUUUGGUUACCUCAGUGCAAUGUCCCUCGCCGGAGAAUCCUCGCAAUGGUAAGGCGAUCUACACGAGUACUUCGUACAAUUCGGUGGUCAGCUAUGAGUGUCGCUAUGGUUACACACUAGUAGGCGAGAGUUCACGUCGUUGCGGUGCUGACAAGCGAUGGACAGGAGCCUUACCUGCCUGCAAAGAAAUCAAUUGCGGUCAUCCGGGGACGCUGUACAACGGUUGGCUGGAGAACAUUGAAAGUGGAACCGGAUUGGGUGCCAGCAUUAUAUUUCGAUGUCACCCGGAGAUGUUACUGGUUGGAAAUACUUCAUCCGUUUGUCAGAUAGAUGGACGGUGGCGAUAUCCCUUGCCGCAAUGCCUAGCACCUUGUGUGGUUCCUUCGAUUUCCCAGGGACAGGUGAUACCGAUCGAGUUCGAUGUGGACGUAAAUUCGACAACCAUCGUUCCCACCAGCGGAAGCAGUUCGAAGGUGAAACACGGCACAGUUCUGGAAGUGAUCUGUGAUGAACACUACGAAUUUCCAUUCUCAUCAUUGUCACCUCCAACGUGCAACAAUGGAACUUGGAGUGUGAUUCCUCGAUGUGCUCCGGCGAGAUGCAAAACAAUGCCGAAGCCCCCAAAAUUCGGAAUGGUUUUAGCCCCAAAGACAGAGCAUGGAAUGCGUGCAAGAUUCAAGUGCAAAGAUGGAUACAACCUUACUGCACCGGGUGGAAAAGAGGUGACAAAUCCUAAUGAUUAUGUCUUAAUUUGUUCUUUUGGAAACUGGACUGGAGAAACUCCACAAUGUCAGGAAGUUUACUGUGCUUUUCCUGGUUACAUUCCCAACGGCAAAGUGCUGCUUGUUGGCAAUAUGGGACUGUACGAUUAUAGACCAUAUGUUCGGAAGGUGAUAAACAAUAAGCAAAUUAUGUACGAGUGUGACAAGGGUUACGUGAUUGAUAUUGGCCCUCCUGGAGCAACGUGUAUUGGAGGCAAAUGGAGUCCCCGCGAAUUACCGACUUGUAUUCCCGGUCAGCAUCCCAGGCUCCGAUGGAACAGGCGUCGCAGAUCGAUAGAUUUGCGCUUACGUUUUAGUAGAUCUAAUCAUCUCAAGCAGCACUAUCGAUACCUAAAACGUAAACUGGAAGAACAUGAAAACUACAAUAAAAUGUAUCCUGCCGCGGAGGGAACUGUGCAUGACAUUAUCAAGAGAGAUAUCACAUCGUACAGAGGACAGUUACCUCACAGGAGACACUAUAAUUUUGACGACUUUCAAAAGUUUAGAGCAAAACGUAGCAUCGAAGCGAAUCGUAACAGUUUCCUAAGAAACGCUUUUCAUUCGGCGAUGGUUCGUAAGCGCAGAGAGCUAUCCGAUGUCGAAAAGGCCUACAACAAAUAUUAUGAACGGAUCAAGGCCAAAUAUCGAAACUACGUACAGAAUCUAUUGGGCUACAAUAAAAUGCGACCCUUGCAGGAAAACCACAAAAUCCACGUUCAGGAUGGAAGAUGGUAUACAACGGAUCCCGAAUCUGUCUCCCGAAACAGAGUAAUUCACAAAGCACGAAUCGGAACCAACGACUUCGAGGAUGAAUCCACAACCAAAGAACCGAAGCCAGUUAAAGCGAAAAUAAACAUAUCCCACCUUAAGAUGAAACCACAGGCACCGAUUGCAGUGCCGAAUAUAAACGAAAAGUCCACCUACAAGUACGAUUUCUAUGACCUUUCGGAAGGUAACAGUUCAGCUCACCUGACACAAAAUGAUAUUUAUUCCAACUACUUCCCCCCACCGUUAACCGGAAGAUAUCAUACCAAUUGGCAGUUUGCGUCCGAGGUUGUCCCCAAGGUACAGGGACGAUCGGAAGACAACAAUCGUAUCUAUUCAAGCUACUCGUUGUAUCACAAUCGAACGGAAACGAAGAAACCAAUCUCGACGGCGGCAUUGAUGGAACAAUUACACUCGCAAAUUAUUCGUAAAAAACGGGACACCAAAGAAGUUUCAGUUUUAUCGACCGAAGAUACCCGGCAACGGGGUCAGAAAGCCAACAGAAAGAACGCAGGUGGUGUUGUCAACCAGACGGAAGCUUCGGGGGUUGAUGGCACGGAUCCGGUAAAAAAAGUAAAGUUCAAAGGACCAUGUGAACCAUUGGCAACCGAAAGUUACGCACAGUUGGAGAUUGUUCGACCGGGUAAGGAUCCGAUUGAAACUUUCGGGCCGGGAACGAUUGUUAGGGUCAUCUGCAGUAAAGGUUACAUAUCCAACAUGGUCAGUCCGAAUGCAACAUCCAAGUGUGUCAGAGGCAGAUGGAAACCAAUAAAACCGACCUGCAGUAUGAAGCCUUGUUUCGUUCCUUCGACCGAACACGGGAAGUACUAUGCCGCACCGGUCGAUAUGACUACGAUGGAUGCUGUGAAACCAACAACCGCGGCCCUCACGCCAAUGGAAACGAUCGAUAAUGGACAGAUGAUUUCCUUCCAGUGUGAUCAGGGUUACAACACGCAGGGUCCGUCGAAUUUGCGCUGCUGGAACGGCGAAUGGGCAGCCAGUACUUUACCGGAAUGCUUACCGGCACCAUGCGUUCUGCCACAAAUUAUGCAUACCAUGUAUCAAGGAGGUUACCGAGCAGGACUUACCAUUGCACAUGGCAGCUCGGUGAUGAUACAGUGCGAAAGCGGAAUGGGAAAUAUUGCUCCAGUACAGAUGGAUUGCGCGCUCGGUUCGAUUACCCCGGAAAGCGUGAACUGUGGCUAUGUUGCUUCCCGUAAAUCUAGAGACGAUGACAGCAGUUCGGUCAUUGUACUUGAUGGCAGCAACGUAACUUCGGCGGAGGAUGAAAACGACGGAAGAGACUGUGGACCACCGGGGAAGGUCCACGGAUCCCUGGUCUAUAAAAAUGGCGAACAAAUCGAUGACAGUGAAGAAGGUUUCCCGUCAGGGACGGAGAUCGCAUUCGAUUGCAUAGCUAGUAUUACUGGUGAACAGACUACAUGGAAAAUUAUCUGCGAAGAUGGGCAAUGGAUCGGACGUUCAAUGAAUUGCGAUGACGACGAUCCGCUGUUUCAUCGGAUUCCUUCGGCAAACGGGUCCUGUGUGUUUCGAAACAACGAGCCGCAUGUUGUAAGCUUUUACAAUGAUCUCGAGAUAAGAGAAGAUAUUGUUGAGUUUCCACCUGCAACCACUAUCAUUUCCAGAUGCGUAGAUAUUGGAAAGUACGCCAUGAUUGGAACAAGUGUCCGAACCUGCGUUCACUCGGAGUGGACUGGACAAAAACCGUCUUGUUUCGGUUUGAACCAGGAGAAUGAUUAUGCAAUGGAAAAAUCACCCACAAUUCUGAUUCGUCAUCAAAAUGGUCCAAUUGCGCAGAGCAACGAUGGAAAGCUAAUCGUUUACCCGGGAACGACGGUGCACUUGGAGUGUCUAUGGAUGAGACGUUUUGGAAAUCCCAAAUGGAAUGUGAGCCACGACUAUAGAAAGUACCCGGAAGGUUGGAGCUCAGAUGAAGGUCGAGAUCCGCAGUUGGAGUACCGAAUUAGCAUUAUGCACGCCGUUAAGGACGAUUCCGGUAUCUUCACCUGUGUUACUCCGGCAAGGCAUACGCAUUCAGUGGAGGUUAUAGUAAAGCCCGUUCAUUGCAAUGAAAUCCAAGUCCGGCGAGGGUUAUCGGCAAGUACCUCGGAAACCAUGAUGGGCACUAGAGUUCUAUUCUCGUGCACAAAUGGAAAUGCAUUGAUCGGAACACCAGAAAGCACUUGUUUGCCUAGUGGAAAUUGGAGUGCCCCACUACCGGUCUGUGAAAGUGUAGAGUGUGGAGAGGUACCGAUUCAAGCUAGCAGUAACGGUUCCGCUCCGCGGGUGGCAAUUCUUUCCCGUGAAGUCGGUGGACGGGCGGCAUUUUCCUGUCCUCCCGGUUAUGGACUAAGAGGACCUAGCGAGGCUAUCUGUUUACCUUCCGGUGAAUGGGGAGGGCCGUUUCCGACGUGUGUUGAGGUUCAAUGUUUCCAUCCGGGUGCACCGCAGAAUGGAUAUGCCCAGGGAACGCCACCUUACCGAGCUGGAGAUGUAGUGCAGUUCAACUGUAACCCGGAAUAUAUGAUGCAAGGUCAACCGAUAAUUGCCUGCCAGGAUAACGGGCGAUGGUCGGGAGGCUUACCAAAAUGUGUACAAGCAUGCUCGUACCCGGGUACAGCCAUCAGCGGAAGGAUGUCGUCGGUUAAGUUCUACUACUCGAUCGGCGAGAGCAUCACGUUCACCUGUGAUGCAGGGCUGGAGCUGCGGGGAGCUAAAAUGUUGAAAUGUCUCAAAAACGGCAAAUGGUCCAACGCUAUCCCUACCUGUGUCAAUCCGGAUGCCGUGAACGUGCGAAGUGACGCCAAGGGAAUCUUUAAGCGGGACAAUUAG